ACACAACUCUGUUUAAGCUUUAUGAGGAGAGAAACUCUGACCUAGAUUUGGUGAACACUAAGAAGAAAGUUCGAUUUCUCAGGGGUGAAACUGAUCUUGUAUCUUAGAUACAGAUAACAGAGCGCUGACUUUAUGACACUCAACAGGGUUAAACACAAAAUCAGGAAGUAGGACUUACUCCCUGUAGCAAAGGGGGGGUAUAUUAGGAAGUGAUUCCACCCCGCAGCAGCAGAGUGUUAAUUACUGCCUGAGAACAGCAGCCUGGAAACAGCAAACAUGAGAGUUGUCGUAGCGUUAGCCUGCUUACUGGCCGCCUGCUUGGCUCAGAAGCCUCAUCCAUGCAGUAAGUAAUCAGAAACAGAAAGGUGAAAAUAUUUUGAUUUUCAUGGUUGUGAAACUGUUUGGUUUCUCAUUGCAGGAGCACUUGUGUUGUCUAUGUUUUCCUUUGCUUAUACACUCAGUCAUCAGGUGUAUUUGCUGCAUCUUUUCUGCGUCACUUGUCAAAUGCCGUGAUUUAACGUCAUAUCUUCUUCCAAAUCACAGAAAGUCCUCCUCUGAUGACCGGGGCACUGACUAUGGUGAGUGUUUCUAGUUUCUCUGCAUCUUUUCUGAGCACAAUAACAAAGUCCACUGAGAGCAUGUGAAAAAGGGAGAUUUAAAGUCAACUUGUUCUUCUCUCUUCAGUCCACACAGAACGAGAAGCUGUGGCUCUACGCCAAAUACUUGUACGAUGCUCUUGGCCAACGGAUUAGGCUGUUUGAGUUUGGCACAAUGAACAACAAGACUUUUACUUAUGACAUCCUACUGCUAUACAAUCAGGUGACUAAAGCAACAUUAAACAAUUUUAUUAAAAAAAAUAUAGAAGGUGAAAUAAUUAUAGAAGAAUUUAUCAUUAUUUGAUGGGAGAAUUUUAAAUUAAAUUUCUUUUAUUCGUUGAUUUAUUUCAAAACGCUUAAAGAGGAGAUAUGAUACUUACUGUUGGACUUUUAUUGUCCUUCUGAUAGCUUAAUGCUAGCUUAGCAGGUUUUAAAGCUUGGGAAACCCUUUAUCUAUUUCAACCUGGCAACUUUUACAACCCUCAUUUCAACCUCUGUCUAAAUCUCUUAACUGCAGCCCAUCCCAGCACUCUAGAAACAUUCUUCACUGUUGCCAGUCUACAAAGUCUUUCUUAUUCAGGGUUUAUAUAUUUAAAAUAAAAAAUUACAAAAUACAUCCUUAUUUUUUUGAGGCCUCAAAUCUGACACAGAGUGUUUGAUAAGGGACCAAAAAGAGCAUAGAUAUUUCACCAAUUGGUGGCAUCACAAAUUGAGAAAAAAAAAAAAUGUUAGUAACUUUGACAACAUUUAAAGAAGACCACAGAAAGGAAAACAAGAAUUGAUGAAAGAUAAAAGAAAAAAGUAAUCAGUGCUAGGGAGAUUGGUUCUAACAAGCUGCAGAAAACCAUUAUUAUGUACAUACAUGUUAAAGUUUAGUGUUAAAAAAACUGCAAUAUAUCAAAAUGAGCUGUCAUUAAUUGUUGUCUUCACCUUACUACUUCCAUCCAUCAGCACGUCAUCUAUCAGAUCUUUCACAAAAACAAGACCUGCAUAAUAAGCCCUCUGGAGGGCGACUUCGUACCUUUCGCCAUCCCAGAUGAAGCUAAUCUGCUGGGUCAGGCAAUCGUCGGAAGCUCAUCGGGACCCGGACAAGGCCUCCUGGUCAACACUUGGAUCGGAGAUCUGCCCAACAAAGAAGGUCAGAAAGCUUGUUAUGGCUUUAACUGUCCAAUAAAUGUGUUCCUCUGUGAUUGAGUGUUAUUAUUUGUUGUCUCUGACUCUACAGGAAAGUACAUGAGCACUGUGACUGAAUUUGGAUGCAUUCCUGUCAGCCUUGCAUACCAGGCCAAAGAGUAUGGCUGGGCGGUACUGAGGUCAGUAUACUUCAUCAAAGGUCAUUUCUGUAUUUCACUUCUUUAUUUUCAUUAACAACACUGACUCAACCCAACUUUAAGACAACUUAGCAUGGGGCAAAGACAGAGUUAGCAUUCUUGCUAACAGCUAUAUGUGCCUGCAUGUCAGUCAAGUCAGCCACGCUCCUGAUAGUGCAAAACUCAUAACCUUAACAUCUUUAAAACUAGUUGCAGUAGUAGAUCAUCAAAGUAAAAGGAGGCAGUCACACUUUAGCUUUAGCUUUACACGAACACUAUGCAGGAUCCGUGUGUCACAGAGGCGUUAUUUGGAAUCCCACAUCAGUUCUAGGCAAACCCCGCCCUCUUUGCUCCACAGGCCUGGUGAUGCAGGCAAAUCAACUUCGGUGCCGGCAGUUCAAACUAUCUACACACAUGCAUGCUGAGGAAGAAUUUGCCAUUUUUGUCAUGCAAUGCUUGCCUUCAAUAAUUCGGUUCAAAUCGGUUCGAUGCACUUAAUGCACUGUUCCUAAAGAAGGCAUGCUGAUUUCGGGAGACAAUGCUUUGUUGUUGAACUUCAGAGAUGAAUAAUGAGACUAACAAUUAUUUCUUGUCCUUUUUUUGGAUGAUAGAAUACAGUGACAGAACACACAAAUCUUUUUGUCUGACGGAGCAAACUAAGGCUAAAAAGAGUGCUGAUUUUAGUGUACUCUUGUAUUUAACCAUAUUGUGCUUAUUGAUUGUGGAUAUUUUUACCACCCUGGAAAAAAUUAGCAGACCUACAAGCUCACAACACAAGUGUCCAAAGGGAAAUGAGGCUUGAAGAGACUAAAGACGUGGGGUGGGAUUAUAAAUGUAUAUACACACACACACACACACACACACUCGCUCUCUCUCCAUUACUCUCUAUUACUGUGGAGUAAUUUGGGCUGCAUAUCAAAUAAAUGUAUAGAUGCCAAAACAAAACAUAGCGGUGGGGCUUUCUGAUCCAGAGUACACGGUGCAUUUAAGCAGUUUUAUUAGCAUUUUAGGACAACAGGUGCCUCCUUUAGAGUCAACCCUGUAGAAGGUAACUGUUGUAUCAAAAUGUUACUCUUCUUGCUAUUAAAACUACCUAAAAGCAUUGUGUGCUCUGAAUCCUUCCUUUAAGAUCAUCAAAGUAUUCAAAUCACUUUUACUUUGCUGGAGUUGCAACCCUUAUUUCCAUGAAGUGGUAAUACAAAGGAUUAUCUUACCUCGUCUCAUUACUAAAUCUUAAUAAAUAUACUUCAACACCUGAUAGGCUAACGUACAUUUACUUAUUAUACUGUAUCUGUUUUCAUACUAAAAUUAUGCACACACAUGCCAGCUACCCACAGUUGUGCCACCCAAGUCAGAAAGUUUGGGCAUGUCCUGCAUCGUGGUACAAAGAGACACUGGGACCUGAGUGCUGAUGGGCUGUUAGGUCACAAGCUAAAUGUUGACUACUGAUUCUUUGAUUCAUAAAUCUGGUCAUGUUUUUCUGUCCUCCAGCUACUUCAACAACGUCAUCGGGAUCACAGACCCCAGCCUGCUCAACCCUCCAUCCUUCUGCCCAGGCGCAGAUACAUUAACAGGCAGUGACAAGAAGCCAGUUGGCUUUUUCAGCUUGUUCCAUCAGGACAACUGAGAACCUUCAUAAAAAAAACUUCACAAACCUUCAGAGGGAUUUUUCAGUUAACUGACCUGAGUCAAAGCCUUGUUGUGUCCUAUAAAACUAUCAUCAAUGAAAUGACUGCUAGUCCAUGCUUCUUUGGUUUCAGCCUACACUUAAAAAAAAUUCAAGGAUUUUAUAUUGAAUGAUUUUAACCUUUUUACAUGUUGAAAAAUUGUUUAAACUUGGAGAUAUGCUGAUGUUGUCCUGCCAUCAAACAGACACUCCAAACGCUACAGUUAAACAUAUUUGGUGAACCAAAGUUUGUCAUUUCCUUUUUCUGCUAAUGCUACUGUCUGCUUCAUAUGUGAAAAAAUGUAAAUAUAACUUCAGCACAAACAGUAAAACAAAUUUAACAGCUUCAAUCAGAUAUUUACAACAGCAAGGCUGAAAUCAUCAUCAUUACUGUACCUCUUUUUACUAUUGUCUAAUAACUUGCUCACAUACUUCAUCUGUACAGGGAAGCACUGGGACAUCUAAAUUUUCAUGAAUAAAAAUGAGAAAAAACUCAA